AUGCAGCAGAUUGACCUGGUGUAUCGGCUGAUUGAUGAGUAUCCCGACCAUCUGGCGUAUGCAGAGUCUUCCCGAGAUGUCCUUGACAUCUUCGGCUCUGGCAAUCAUCGCAUUGCGAGCCUCCUCGGUAUUGAGGGCCUACAUCAAAUUGGUGGCAGCGCAUCGGUUCUCCGACUAUAUCACCGCCUGGGUGUGAAAUACGCCACUCUAACACAUACAUGUCACAAUGAAUUCGCCGACAGUGAGGAGCCUACAGUACCACUACACGGCGGACUCAGUGAGGCAGGGGUUGCCCUCAUCAAGGAGAUGAAUCGCAUCGGGAUGAUGGUUGACUUGUCGCACACCAGCUGGCAAACACAACGCGACGCAUUUCGUGUGACGAAGGCGCCGGUCGUGUAUAGCCAUUCCAAUGCAUUCGCGCUGUGUGCACACACACGAAAUGUACCAGACGAUCUGCUGCAAACUUUGAAGGCGAAUGGUGGCGUGAUCAUGGCCACAUUUUAUCCAGCAUUCGUCGAUGCCAACGCCAGCAAGAUAACUCUGGACAAAGUCGCGGAUCACAUUGAAUACCUAGGGAACACUAUCGGGUACGAUCAUGUGGGGAUUGGGUCAGAUUUUGACGGUAUGAUGGCCGGGCCCAAAGGCUUGGAGGAUGUGAGCAAGUAUCCAGACCUGGUUGAGGAGCUGCUGAACCGUGGUUUUUCGGAAGAAAAUGUGAGCUUGGUGAUGGGUAAGAAUGUUUUGAGGGUGAUGGAUGAAGUGAAACGGGUGGCAAAGACACUUGGUGACCAGAAACCAUUGGAAGAUGAUGUGAAGAAGUUCUUUGAAGAGCUGGACUUCGGAUCGCAGAGACAAAGCGCCAGGCGUCUUCGGAUCCAAUAUGAGGCAUGA